AUGGCCGAUUUAGAAUCUCAAGAACCUCAAGAUCACACAUUUAUUCUUGAAGACGGUGCUCCAAGAGGAGUUCCUAACCCAGAUAUCGAUGAAAAUGACCACAAUGGACAUAAAAUUACCAAAGUUCACACUGAAGGUGACUACAUUCAAUUUGGUAAUGAAAGAUAUUUGAGGUCCGAAUUGGUCUCGGCCUUCGGUGGUACUUUAAAUCCAGGUUUGGCUCCCCCACCAAAACACAAUUUUGCAAAUCCUGCACCAUUGGGUUUAUCCGCUUUCGCUUUAACCACCUUUGUGCUCUCACUUAUUAACUGUGAGGCUAGGGGCGUGACAAUCCCUAAUAUUGUUGUGGGCUUGGCAUUUUUCUACGGUGGUAUGGCCCAGUUGGUUGCUGGUAUGUUUGAAAUUGCUGUGGGUAACACUUUUGGUGGUGCGGCUUUAUCUUCAUACGGUGGAUUCUGGGGAUCUUGGGCUGCAAUUCAAGUCAAAUCUUUCGGAAUUGCAGCUGCUUAUGAAGGACAUGAUGAGGAGUUGGCCUAUGCGGUAGGAAUAUUUUUAAUUGGCUGGUUCAUUUUUACAUUUUUCUUGAUGCUUUUGACUUUGAAGUCCACGGUUGCCUUCUUCCUGAUUUUCUUCUUUUUAUCAAUUACAUUCCUAUUACUCGCAAUUGCAGAAUUUCAAGGGUCUGUUCCUGUUAAGAAGGCUGCUGGUGUUUUCGGGUUAUUAACUGCAUUUGCCGCUUGGUACAAUGCAUACGCCGGUAUUGCAAACAGCCAGAAUUCUUACAUUACUGUCAAGGCUAUUGCCUUACCAGAUUUUCAAGACAAAUCUAGAAAACAGCAAUAA